AUGGAGCCGUUUGUUCGGAAAGAGAAGAUUGAAGGAUACAAAAAGUUUUUGGGAUUCCAUAAAUGUAUCUCAAAUGACAAUGGCAAGAUAUGGUGUUUUUGGACAACAAACUGUCAAACAACAGUGCUUACAAAUGAAGACCAACAAAUAACAAUAAACAUCAGUGAAAAAGGAGAAGGCAAUGGACUGUUUUUAACUGCUGUUUAUGUUAAGUGCACUGCUUCUGAAAGAAGUGAGCUUUGGCAUAGUCUAGAAAGGGUAAAUGCAAUGGUGAAUUGGCCAUUGUGCAUUGGAGGGGAUUUCAACUCAAUCCUAGACAUAGAUGAGAAAUUGGGAGGAAGACCGUAUAGAAUCAGCAAAAGCAUUGAUUUUUCUUAUUGUAUGAACAAUUGUGAGCUAGUAGAUGCUGGCUAUGUAGGGGUUAAGUUUACAUGGUGCAACAAUAGAAGACAUUCAAAGAGGAUUUGGAAGAGAUUGGAUAGGAUCAUGAUCAAUGACCUAUGGCUUAAGAAAUUUCAAAACAAUAGUGUUAGGCACCUUGUGAGAACUGGUUCUGACCAUAGGCCACUUCUCAUGAAGUGCUUCAACAAUCAAUAG